CAGGUUUAUUACCCUCAGACUGGAGCAAAGUCCUCAGCAGGCCUCCACACUGCACCAGCUGUUCUGCACUUACUUCAGCCUGUCUCUGUCUUCGUCCCCAGGGAUACCCCCUCUCGCCUCAACCAUGAAUAUUUCAGAUUUUUACCCAGAGACCCCCCAGCCCUCAACCACACACCCUGCUGGAAACGUUCAGGACCUGACAAUGCUGGAGGGACCAUCAACCUCUGGGGAGUUGAAGCCAGACCCUGAUAUUCAGGCAGAGUCAGAGGAAGCUUGUCCUGUGUGUGGUGACCGAGUGUCUGGAUAUCACUAUGGACUACUGACCUGCGAGAGCUGCAAGGGCUUCUUCAAGCGCUCUGUGCAGAAUAAUAAGCACUACACCUGCACAGAGAGGCAGAGCUGCCCCAUGGACCCAGCACAGAGGAAGAGAUGCCCUUACUGCCGAUUUCAGAAGUGCCUGGCUGUGGGCAUGAAGAGAGAAGCUGUGCGGGCAGACCGAAUGAGGGGCGGACGAAACAAAUUCGGACCUCUGUAUCGACGGGACAAGCAACUGAAACAGCAGAGAGGAGGACAUCACCAAGCAAACCCUGGUCCCUACAGGAUCAAACUGGAAGGUCCACAAGCACCGUUACAGCCACAUGAGUUCCACCUCCUGCCUGGUGCUUUCACAGUCCCGCGAGGCCCUGAUCCUUUCCACCAAUCACACGCUAUUCCCCACAACAUCAGCCAACCAGAGCUUAUGGUUCUAAAUUGCACAUUAAGUAGAGACAGGGCAUUGACUGCCCCCUCGCUCCCCUGUGCUGGACUCUACCAUGGUUUCCCUCAGGAUAAAAGAGAGAUGCCUUUCAGCUAUGGCCCUACUACAUUGUGCACCAUUUCCACACCCAUGCUGACUCCCAGCUCCACCCACACACCGACGUCAACUCCUACACCAGACCCAACACCGUCUCCGUCCCUGACCCCAACCCUGAUGUCUGACCCAACCUCGUCCAACACAAGCUUCCUGAGUGAGCUGCUGCAGGGAGAGCUGGAGGAGUCACAGGUCUGUUCACGAGUGGUGGCCAGCCUGCGGAGAGAGCAGGCCAACCGAGGGAAACACGACCGCCUCAACACCUUCAGCAUCAUGUGCAAAAUGACUGACCAGACUCUGUUUGGACUGGUGGAGUGGGCGCGCAAUUGUGCACUGUUUAAAGAACUCAAGGUGGAGGAUCAGAUGGCGCUGCUGCAGAGCUGCUGGAGUGAGCUGCUGGUUCUGGAUCAUUUGUACCGCCAGGUGGCUUACGGGAGAGACGGGAGCAUCUACCUGGUCACAGGGCAACAGAUUGCGGUGUCGACUGUGCUCUCGCAGGCGGGGGCAACGCUGAGCAGUCUGGUGUCCAGGGCACAAGAUUUGGUGUCCAAGCUCAGGGCUCUUUGUCUGGACAGACAAGAGUUUGUGUGUCUCAAGUAUCUUGUGCUCUUCAACCCAGAUGUGAAGUUGGUGCAGGACCGCAGGCAGGUGGAGCGCACUCAGGAGCGAGUGAACAGGGCUCUGAUGGAUCACACACUCCACACACACCCAGGCCAGUCGGAUAAAUUCGGCCAGCUUCUGCUCCGGCUGCCUGAAGUGCGCAGCAUCAGCCUGCAGGUGGAGGAAUACCUGUACCAGCGCCACCUGCUGGGGGACCUGCCCUGUAACUCCCUGCUGACCGAGAUGCUGCACGCCAAACACACCUGACACGAAAAUGAAGCGCGUCCUGGAGAAAGAAUUAAAGCAGGGCUCUUUUGCAUUUUGCACUUUCUUCCCCAUCAGUGUUUAUAAGAGUUUACUGUCCCUAACAUCAACAGCUUUGACUCAGGACAAGAAAUAAACCCACACUUUCUUUAACCCUGACAGUAUUGUUAAACACUCCAGUCAAAAUAAAG